AUGUAUUAUAGUUUUGUUGGAUCCGUAACUAACGACUACUGCUUAUAUGUAUGUACUUUCAGCGCAACUAUUUUCUGGAAGGCCUUGAGAGCCGGCGUGCAUGGGAAACUUGCACAGACGUUUGCCUUCUUUCUGCUCGUUCUAAACCUGCAAGGCUAUCGCGUUCCAUUGCCAGUGCAAAGGCGACCGCGGUCGCCAGAUCAGGAGACUAGGUUUCAAACCAACCACUACAUUAACAUAUCCUACCUCGCCUAUGCUCCUAUCCUCUUCCAAGCCACAAUUGUUUCAUCCACUUAUUUAUUUUCACAGCAUUUAUACAUGGACUUUGGGGAAAAUAAGCUAGUCAAUCUGCUAGGCAAGUGGCAGCGAUCUAAAUGUUUUGGAGGAUUUAUUCCAGUCGGUGGGAUCGCCUACUACCUUACUACGCCACCAACAUUGGCUGAUGUAGCAAGAGACCCGGUACACGCAUGCCUCUAUGCCGCCUUGCUUCUCUUCGGAUGCGGUCUUGUAUCAAUGGCUUGGUUCCGAGUGUGUAUACAUUCCAGACCUUACAUGAACCGGCUUAUCGGGGACCAAGUGAGCGUGACGCCUGCGCAGGCUGAUUCGAUUCCUUUGAGCCAAUGGGCGCGUCGUGUCUUCAUGGUAGCCUUUGCCGUCGGAUUUUGUGUUGGCGUGCUGACCCUCUUAGCAGGUUUCAUGGGCGUGAUCGGUUCUGGCACUGGAAUCAUGCUCGCCGUCACCGUCAUGCAUUCCUACUUCGAUAGCGGAGCUUCUUCUGGGAUUGGCCCAAUUGGACUGUGAUGGGUGGUGUAAUUGUCCCUGGUUGAUCGGGAGAGAAGAAAAGAAUACUAGUACUAGUUUAGUAUUAUUGCAGAUGUAGUCUCUAUGAAUGUUCCCUGAUUUAGGUAGGUUGAUGUCUUUAGAUAGGUCGGUCUAAUUGUACUCGCACUCUGAUUGAUCCAGAGAAGAUAUAUACUGCUGUCCAGUGGAUGUCUUAUUUAUGUGUGAAUUGGCGCUGCCUAAUCUAAAUGGAUGGGUUUGA